AUGUCUCACUUCGGAAGGUCAGGCCCUCCAGAUAUCUCCGACACCUACUCCCUCCUUGUCCUCAACAUCACUUUUCGUACAACCGCCGACGACCUAUUUCCAUUGUUCGAUAAGUACGGCAAGGUUGUUGACAUAUUCAUUCCCAAAGAUCGAAGAACCGGUGAGUCGAGGGGUUUCGCUUUUGUGCGUUAUAAGUAUGCUGAUGAAGCUUCUAAGGCUGUUGAUAGGCUCGACGGAAGAAUGGUUGAUGGUCGUGAAAUAACCGUUCAGUUUGCAAAAUAUGGUCCCAAUGCUGAGAGAAUUCAGAAAGGAAGGAUUAUUGAAACUUCUCCGAGAUCAAAGACCUCAAGGAGCCGCAGUCCCAGCAGGAGAAGGCAUCGUGAUGAUUACAAAGACAAGGAUUAUAGGAGGAGAAGUCGCAGCAGGAGUUACGACAGGCAUGAGCGUGACAGGUAUCGUGGGAGAGACAGGGACAAUCGUCGCCGAAGCAGAAGCCGUAGUGCUAGUCCUGGUUACAAGGGCCGUGGGAGGGGGCGUUAUGAUGACGAGCGUCGUAGUAGAAGCCGGAGCAGAUCUGUGGACAGCCGCUCCCCUGCUCGACGCAGUCCUAGUCCUAGAAAGAGCCCUUCUCCUAAAAGGAGUAUUUCCCCUCAAAAGAGUGCUUCCCCUGGGAAAAGUCCACGUCGUGUAAGUCCUGAUAAUCGUAGCCGUGAUGGAAGGUCUCUUACGCCUCACAGUGUCUCACCACGAGGCCGCCCUGAUGCUUCCCGAAGCCCAUCUCCUCGAAAUUCAAAUGGUGAUGAAUAA